AGACAGAGGGAGGAAGUGUGUGUGUGUGCGAGUGUGAGAGAGAAAUAAUUUGUGUGUUUAGGGACGUGUUUCUCCUCGCAUGACUACAGUUCUCUCCCCUCCCUCUGCCCAGACGUGUCGUGUCCCACUGCAAACCUCAUUCUCUAAGUUCCCUCUCGUUCACUCCCUUCUCUGUUUGCUCGUCACAUUCCUGAGGAAUCAGCUGAGGUGUCUCACUGUGGGACAGUGAAGGACUCCAUGCCGUCCCGCCGCUUUGUCCAACAUUCAUAACUUCGCGGCACUUUUCUCUUAUCGCAUGCUCCAAUUCCAGACAGUGCCGGGCCAGUUCGGCGACGAGGUCCGGCGGCCGGGCCUCCGAGUGUGGAGGGUGGAGAAGAUGAAGGCGGUGCCGCUGGACGCCUCCGAGGUGGGGGCCUUUUACAACGGGGACUCCUAUCUGGUGCUGGAGAACCGCGGCCAGCUGGGGGCCGACCUCCACAUGUGGAUAGGCGAGAAGUCGUCCCGGGACGAGCAGGUGGCGUGCGCCAUGCUGGCCACCCAGCUGGACAACUUCCUGGGCGGCGACCCCAUCCAGCACAGGCAGGUCCAGGGCUACGAGUCCCCGGAGUUCAUGACGCUCUUCCCCAGAGGAGUCAGCUACAAGGACGGCGGUGUGGACUCGGGCUUCAGGAGGCCCCAGGGCUCGGGGACGGUGCACAGACUGUACCAGAUCAAAGGGAAACGCAACAUCCGUGCCAAGGAGGUGCAGAUGUCCUGGGACAGCUUCAACAAGGGGGACUGCUUCAUCCUUGACCUCGGAGAGACGAUCGUGUCGUGGAUCGGAUCCCAGGCCAACGUCUUCGAGAAGCAGAAAGUGCGCGAGAUCGCCUCGCUGAUCCGCGACACGGACAGACACGGCAAGGCCCGAAUCGUGGACUCCAACGAGGGCGAGGAGCCCGAGGAGAUGCUCAAGGUCCUCGGACAGAUGCCAGCCCUGGCGGAGAGCACGCCAGAGGAGGACAGCAAAGCGGACGCCUCCAACUCGGCCUCGCUCUACAAGGUGUCCGACGCGACCGGCUCCAUGACGAUGACCAAGGUGUCGGAGAAGAGCCCGUUCGCCAAGGAGCUGCUGGCCCGCGACGACUGCUUCAUCCUGGACAACGGCGCCAACGGCAAGGUCUUCGUCUGGAAAGGUAACGGAGCCAACGCCGAGGAGAAGAGGGAGGCCUUGCAGAUGGCGGAUAACUUCAUCGAGCGGAUGAAGUACCCCAGGAUGAAAACACAGGUGGAGAUUCUGCCACAGGGGAAGGAGACAAUCAUCUUCAAGCAGUUCUUCAAGAACUGGAACUGAGCACCUGAUGGGAGGACGCCUGCACUCGACGACGAAGAAGAAGAAGAAGAUGAUGAUGUGUAUCUGGGGAAAAGAACAAACAGACGUUUCUUCUUCUUCUUUCUUUCUCUUUUUUUUAAAUGCAUCGACUUGUAUGUACAUAUUUGUAAGGUGACUCGCUGCAGGUUGUUUUUUCCAAAACGGAUUCAUUAUUGUUGGUGAGAUUGAGAACCAUCUUUUCUAAAAAAAAAAACAAAACAAACCAAACAUUUGUUCCGGUGUCGCAGAGUUCACCUUCCUUUUGAAAAAGAAAUAAAAUCUUGAUAAGG